GGUGGGCGUUUGGAAUGAACGUCUUUGAUUUAGUUGAGUGGAGGAAGAGAAAUGUGACCGGCAUAUACCACUACUGGCAAGAAAAAAACGUGGACCGGACCUUAUGGAAACUGGGAACACUACCUCCAGGACUUCUGACAUUUUACGGGUUAACAGAGGCACUAGAGGCGUCCUGGCAUAUCCUGGGAUUGGGAUACACGAAUGUGGAUGCUCGUGUGAUAGAGAAAGGAGCUGUUCUUCACUUCAAUGGGAACUUAAAGCCAUGGUUGAAGAUCGGGAUAGAGAAGUACAAACCUUUGUGGGAGAGAUACGUUGAUUACACUUCUCCUUUUAUGCAACAAUGCAAUUUUCAUUGAUAUCUUAGGGUCCAUAGUUUUACUUCCACUUCUAGACAGCUAUAUCUUCCACAUUUGGUUACAGAGACACUUGCAAGAGUUUUGUAUGCUCUAGCACCAUCACUUACUGUAUUUUGUGAAUGUGAUAUUCAAAAUUCAAUGAAGCAUCAGAUAUUCUCUGAUAUUCACACAUUUUCUCUGCGGCAUUAUGAUUUUUGCUUCAAACUUGAUCUGAAUAACAAUAAACCCUAUAAUGUUGGCGACCAUAUAGGGGGCAACGAACUCAUCUAUUUCAAAAGAUUGUUUCUUUUUUUGAAAGUUAAAUAAAGAUUCUAUGUAUCAUCUUAUAAGAUUGACAAGCUUCCUUCUCUCUCUUUCUCUCAGGAAGCAGAGUAACAAUGAAGAGCUGUGAGCAUGAACUACUCAAAACAAGAAGAGGAAAGUCCCGCGAGGUUAGUUCACGUUUUCUCUCUUCGCCGUCUGCAUCUUCUUCUCCUAACCGCAGAAACUCCACUUCUAAUUCAUCGAGAGAUGAUCAGAACAACAACGGGGUAAAAGGUCAUCUAGGCUUGAAAAAGCAUGAUAGGAUGUCAGAUGGCACACGGGUUUGUUUCGGGUUACCAAACCAAAGUAGCAUAGAAGUUGACACAAAAGAAAAUCGUAUGCCUUCACCGUGGAUCAAUGAUGAGGAUAACGUCAUACUUCCUGGCAGAUUUUCUGUUGAUGAAUGUGCAUUGUACAGAGCAUCAUCAAGGAGAAACUCAUGCUCUCUGCUAUAUGAGUCCUUCAACGAUGAAACAGACUCAGAGUUGAGUGAUGUGUCCUGUGCUUCAAGUCUUAGUACAAAUCGUUCAUCCUGGAACCAUAAACCCGGUAUCAAGGUCUCUUCUAAGUAUCUGCAUGAUUUAACAGCUAAACCGAGCAAAGGCAACAACAAGACCAAACUAAGGUCACAAGAUGAUUCACAGAGAACUAAUAGCUCUAAGGGCAUUGAGAAUAGAUUGCAGAGGAAUAAUUCAGUGUCCAGGUAUGGAAGUUCGAUGUCUCAGUGGGCUCUUUCACCAGGAAGGUCAUUGGACACUCAGGCGGUGACAGUUCCAAGUUCAAAACUGAAGCCUCCAAGAGGAAAAGGCGUGGGUAAACUAAUCAACCUUGGUUUCGAUUUCUUCAGGAGCAAGAACAAGUCAUCGCCCUUUACUUCACCACUAAAACCAAAGACAUGUGACACAGAAUCUGCUCAUCAGCUGAAGCUUAUGAAUAACCGGUUGCUUCAAUGGAGGUUUGUCAAUGCUAGAGCCUGUGAUGUAAACAAGAACGUAGCCUCCCAAGAAAAGAAUCAACUACUCUGUGCAUGGGAUACUCUUAUCAAGUUAAAUAAUUUGGUUCUGCAAGAGAGAAUCAAACUGCAGAAGAAAAACCUGGAGAUGAAGCUGAAUUAUGUGUUUCUUUCUCAAGUUAAGCAUCUUGAAGCUUGGGAGGACAUGGAAAUACAACACCUUUCAUCUCUGUCCAUAAUCAGAGAUUCCCUGCAUUCUGUUCUUUCCAGGCUUCCCCUCAAAGAAGGCGCGAAGGUGAACUUGGAAUCAGCUGUCAGUAUAAUUAAGAAUGCAGAAGCAGUCACUGAUGCUAUCAUUUCAACUGUGGAUGAUUAUGCUCCCACGCAGAUGGAGGGUAUUGUUCCACUUGCUUCCCAACUAGCGGAAGUGGUUGUACAAGAGAAGUUGAUGCUCGAGAAAUGCCAUGACCUUUUGAGAAUGAUUUCCGAGUUAGAGAUGCAGGAGAGGAGCUUGAAAUGCUGCUUCCUGAUUCAACACAAACAGACUUUCGAUACAAAUCUUCUUAAACACUAGGACUGUGUCUUCCCCUGUCAAAGCUUUGCGACUCAGUUUUUUAAAAGCAAAAAUUACAGUAUUUUGAGGCUUAAUAAAUGUUGCGACUCUCGUAAGAGUCUUAGGUUCUCUGUAUCAGAUGGAACAAGAUGGUAAUAACCAGUACACAUAAGCACUUUUGAUGGUAAUUUCCACUUGUUUCUUUCUUGGAUAUUGGGUUUAGUUAUCUCUUUUUCAAUAUGCUUUGAUUGCA